AUGAGUUCUGGUGAAUCAGGUGAGUACUUUAACUCCAUUGCCAAGAAUGCUCAGAGAAAACCAAACCUCCACCAGCAACAGAAGCGCCGCCGCCGCGCCCGCCCGCCCGUGCCGCUGGUGUACGUGAGCAGCUUCGGCUCGCAGCGCUGCGGCUCCGUGCUCCGCCUGGGCCGGGACCGCCGGCAGAGCCCCGGGCAGAGCCCCCCGGGCCGGAGCCGCCGGCAGAGCCGCGGGCAGAGCCCCCCGGGCCGGGCCCGGGCCCCGAGAGCCGUCCCGGAGCCGCGGGCCGGGCCCAGCCCCGCACCGGGCAGCAGCGGCAGGCGGGCGGGGAGCGGCGGUGAGGGGAGAACCGGCAGCAACACCUCCGGUGAUCUUCAAAAGGCUAAGGCUGACGCCUUUGACUUUCCUUUCCCUUCAAGAAACACAGAUAAAGUCAUUAAACGAMAGAAGAAAAAGUCCAAAGUCUGGCACAAGGUCUGGAAAGUGAUUUCAAAAAUGCUUGAAGAAAAUGAGAGGUUCAGAAGUCGCCUGUUGACCUGCAGCCAGUUUCAUGGAGAAGGCUCUGACAGGAUCCAGAGGUCACAGAAUGGGGCAUACCUGGACAGGGACGAGUCCAUCUUUGGCUGGGUGUAGCAAGAAAAUGAAGGAAUAUUCAGGCCCAAAGGAAAUAUAAAAGCAGUGAAAGCUUUCAUUUUGAUCUAGUUUUUCCUGGAGUCAGUGCAAGACUGCAAAGUGACUUCAGGGAAACACAGGUUCUCUGUUGUUUGUUUGGUGUUUGUGCUUCUGGUGUUUAAGAGGUUUGUUUUUACAGUGGCUUAAACAGCUCUGUUGCAAGAUAUUUAUCUCAAGGCAUUAAGUCUUGUGUUUCACUGAGCUAUUAGUUUUAGAAAGCUUUUUAAUGAGCAUAAUAUUGUGACAGUUUGCUUGCAAAAGAAGAGAUACACAUUUAGUGUUGUCUCUGUAUUUAUAUCUUUUAUUUUUGUAGUUUGUCAGAAUAAUAAACACAAAUUCAGUAAGGCAGAGCUCCAUACAAGACAUAAACCCCACUUUCCUUUCUUCCUGAUUUGAAUAAAUUUGACUUUAUGAUAUUAAAAUAUUACACAAUAACCCUCUCUGUUCAUUCAUCCAUUUAUACAUGAAUCUCAGCAAGUAUUUUGAAUAUGAAACCAGGUGAAUGUUUUCUCUCUCCCUGCUCAUCCUGAGGCACAUAAUGGUACCAUCACAAUCAGGAGGUGUUGUUUAUCCACCUCACUUCAAUAACACAAUAUAAUUUUCUUCUGUUCUGCAGCUUAAUACUCGAACUCUUGAUUGACUGUUAAAGCCUUUUAAGCCAGCAAAUUGUGUAAAUGGGACAUGAAAAUGGCAUAAAAAUAGUUAUGUAUAUGGAGUUCAUCUUGAGAGUAAAACAUU